AUGGAUGGCUCUCUGGUUGCGUCCUCCGGCAACAAUUCAGUCGUAUCUCCAUCCGCAUCGACUACCUCUUUACUUCCGCCCCUGAAUCCCACUUUACUUGUUGACUAUCUAACAGAAGUCCUCUCUGUUACAGUCGGCGCUACCAGACGAGAGUUGGAAGCUCCCGGGAGUCUUCUCUCAGAUAGUCGCUAUUCCGAGACUUUGCAGAAAUGCUCAAGGUUCGCUGCAGAGCCAAUUGUGGCGUUAUAUGCCUCGAAGGACCUCGUGGAGAUUGAAGAAUCUCCAAACGAUGCCAUCUCUGUUUCCGGAACCAUCUCACAAUCAUACACGUACUCCAUUGCGUCAGAGUUAUCGUCCUUACCAUCCACGGUUGCAUCUGUUGCCAUUAUCAAGCGACCUCAGCCUCUGGAUUCCUCUAUUCCUCUCCAUGCCCAAAUACAAAUUAUGAACCUUCCCGGGACGGUAGCGUUGAAUAGUAGUGCUCAAGGUUCGGUAUCACCGUUCGAGAUAUUGCAUUCUGUUGUGCAUUCGGCUUUGGGACCUUACUUCGAUGCCUAUACCAAAGGCCAAGAAACUCAGUCUAACGGGCGGAUCAACCGUUUUGCUGACGGUGAUGCCAAGACUGGUAUUCCUGUUACGAAGAAAAAGCUUGCCGAGUUAGAGCUCUCUCUUCUACAUUUGCAGCAGAAUAUCGAAAUACCGGAGCUGUUAUUGAACCUCCACAGUGUAGUGCAGUUGGCUGUGGAUGAGGCUUCGCUUAGGAAUACGCGACCUUCGUUGGACCUUAUACCCGCAAAUUUAUUGCAAGAUAGCACAUUCCUCAAUGGCCUUCAGUCCAUUGUAAAUGCUUGGAUUAAGUCAAUCCAGUCGAUAACUAGAAUGUCCCGAGACACCGAGAGUGGGACUGCUACCCAAGAGAUUAAUUUUUGGCUAUCAAUGGAGAGUGCUUUGGAGGGCAUAGAGGAGCAACUUAGGAGCGAUGGAGUACAGCUUACCCUGGAAAUAUUGAAGCAUGCGAAGCGAUUCCAUGCGACUGUCAGCUUUAUCGCAGACACUGGGUUGAAGGAGGCUACGGACAAGGUGCAAAAAUACAAUCAACUUAUGCGCGAUUUUCCACUCGAUGAACUACUGUCUGCAACAAGCCUUGCGAAAGUUCAGGAUGCAAUUGUCGGAAUUUUUGUUCAUCUCAACAAGAAAUUACGGAUAUGUCCUUACCCCAUUCGGAGGGCACUUCCACUUGUGGAGGCCAUUUCUGCAGAUCUGGACUCCCAAAUCCAUACACUACUUAGUGGGCGUCGGUUGAUGCAUUUGGAAUAUAACGACUUUGAGUCGUUGAUGAAUGUUGCCGAAGGGAUCUUUAGAACUUGGGACGAUAACAUUAAAGAGUUUACUAAUGUUGCUCGAGAGGUAACGAGGAAGCGAUCCGAGAAAUUCAUCCCGAUAAAGAUAGCAGCCGGACACCUUAAAACCCAAGAGAGGCUGGCUUAUGUCAAAGGCUUCCGACAUGGCCAUGAGCAGGAGGGGGGAGCUGUGUCGGGAGACAUUGGUGAUGUUGACGCCGUCGAGGAGGUUUCCCAGGCAUAUGCUGUUCUAAAGGAUGUAGACGUUUUGGAUGUGUCGCCCGAAGGUACGGAGAUUUGGAUCACGGCGGAGAAUGCAUACAAUGAACGAACUUCCCGUGUGGAGAAUUCCAUCAUUGCCCGAUUGAGGGAUAGGCUGGCUACCGCAAAGACUGCGAAUGAGAUGUUUCGGGUGUUCUCAAAAUUCAAUGCCCUCUUUGUGCGACCAAAGAUUCGGGGUGCUAUUCAGGAGUAUCAGACGCAACUUAUCGACAGCGUUAAACUUGAUAUUGCAGCUCUCCACGAGCGAUUCAAGCAGCAAUAUGGGCAUUCCGAGGCACAUGCUAUGGCCCAAUUGCAUGACCUACCUCCAAUUUCGGGCGCAAUUAUUUGGGCCAGGCAGAUCGAGAGGCAACUAAACGCUUAUAUGAAGAGGGUUGAGGACGUUCUGGGGCAUGGCUGGGAGCUUUAUCACGAAGGGCACAAGCUGCAAGGGGAAAGCGUCACUUUUAGAAAGAAAUUGGAUACACGCCCGAUCUUUGACACCUGGUCAAGAGAUGUGCAAAAGCGCAACAUAUCCAUCUCGGGAAGAUUGUUCAGUAUCACAAGAAAUAGGGCUGCCGGUAACUCUUUGGAGCUAGUGGUCAAUUUCGAUCCUCAGGUCAUUGCGCUGUUCAAGGAGGUCCGGAAUCUUUUAUGGCUUAACUUUCAAGUUCCCCACACAAUCAUUAAUAUUUCCAAGGAGGCAAAACGUGUUUAUCCUUACGCAGUUAGUUUGAUGGAAACUGUUCGAACUUUUGCUCAAAUUAAUAGAACAAUAUCCGAGAUGUCCGAUGUUUCGAUCCUGCUUAGUGGUUAUCAAAACGACGUGCACAGCUUGAUAGGCAAGGGCACCCCCCUGAAAUGGGAGUCUUUUAGCAAACAUGUGCAAUUCGUCCGAGACUUCGCAGCUGCCGUCUCUAUUCUCCAAAUCAAGACUGGGACACUGGCUAGCAUUCACGAGACAUCACAAAAGGCCAUGGCGGAACUUUGCUCUUGUCCUUAUGAUGUUGACGCCUUCCAACACAAGCUCGAAGUCAUUCAAACCGCCGUUGAUCAACUCAACCUGGAGAAUUAUGUCAAUUUACCACACUGGGUUGGGGAGUUGAAUAGUAAGAUUGAAAUGAUUCUACUUAGCCGGCUCGAGGAGGCAGUUGUGCGAUGGAUUGAGGUGUUUAAGGAUGCAAAGGGCGAUGAGGGAGCUGAUGGCGAUAGUCAGCGUAAGCGGAUAAGUAGGAGUGAGGAGGUUGAUGUCGAUGGAACUUCAAAGGGCAGGGAUACUUAUGACCCUCGCAUGAGGAGACUUGUGCAUGAGAUCGCCCUUACGAUAAUCCCUCUGACAACAAUAUACCCGAUCCGGCGCAGAUUGGGCCUCGAGACAGGGGACUCUGAAAUGCUGUUUUCCGAUCUGGUAGGUUUUAGAUACUCUUGGGAAUCCUCUUUUUCCUUUAUUGACUGUGCACAGCCUGCGAGUUGUGCGCCUACGCUUUCUGACGCAUACGAAGCAAUAGAACAAAAAUUGGCGGCAGUUGGGACUUAUGUCGAAAAAUGGCUUAGAUUCCAAUCCUUGUGGGAUUUGCAGUCGGAACAAGUCUACGAUAUCCUUGGAGAUAAUCUUGAACGAUGGCUUCAAUUGUUGACAGAAAUUCGAAAAACCCGAUCCACAUUCGACACCUCAGAUGUUAGUCAGUCAUUCGGUAACCUUUCCGUAGAUUACGAGCAAGUUCAGACGAAGGUCAACGCGAAAUACGAUCAAUGGCAGCACGAUAUCCUUGUCAAGUUUGCCAAUAAACUUGGGAAUCGUAUGAGGGAAGCUCACGCAGAAAUUGGGAAAGCCCGACGUGACUUAGAGGGUCAAUCUCUUGAGGCUUCAUCUACGGCGCAGGCCGUAUCUUUUAUCACUAUUGUGCAACAAUGCAAGCGCAAGGUUAAGUCUUGGGCACCGGAAGUUGAGCUUUUCCGAAAGGGAGAAACUACCCUCUCUCGGCAGAGAUACCAGUUCCAGCAAGACUGGCUAUUUGUUGACCAGAUUGACGGAGAAUGGGCCGCUCUGAAUGAAAUAUUGGCCCGUAAGAGCAAAAUUGUGCAGGAUCAAACUGACGCCCUUCGAGCAAAGAUUGUGGCAGAGGAUACCGUUGUUACAGACAAGAUUAAAAAUAUCGUUGGAGAGUGGAAUGACCAAAAGCCUGUUUCGGGUACCAUAGCUCCGGAGGAGGCAUCGCAAACUUUGAGCGGCUUCGAGACAAGAUUGACCCAACUCAAGUCCGAAUCUGAGAUGGUUUCGAAAGCUAAAGAAGCUUUGGAUAUCCCUGCGGGCCCGGAGAAUAUCCUGGUUUCAAUCCUCGAGGAAGUCCAGGAUUUCAAAUCCGUUUGGUCUGCUCUUUCCACAAUUUGGAAGAGUCUGAACGAUCUGCGCGAUACUCCUUGGUCCUCUGUUAUUACUAGAAAGAUUCGUCAAGGACUCGAGGGUUUGAUUAACGUGACCAAGGAGAUGCCUAGCCGGAUGCGACAAUAUGCCGCUUUUGAGCACAUUCAAAAUGUGCUUCGCCAAUUAGUCAAAGUUAACCCACUUUUGUCGGAGAUGAAAUCGGAGGCAGUUAGGGAGAGACAUUGGGGUAAGAUAUUUAAGGCAUUAAAGCCAGGACAUCGACUAUUUUUGUCCACCCUCAACCUAGGCACAGUUUGGGAUCUCAAUCUGGUUGCCAGUGAGCCCGUGAUUCGUGACAUUAUUGCUCAGGCACAAGGAGAAAUGGCCCUGGAGGAAUUUUUGAAGCAGGUUCGGGAAACGUGGUCUAAUUAUGUGCUCGAUCUCGUCAGUUAUCAGAAUAAAUGUCGUUUGAUACGUGGUUGGGAUGAUCUUUUUGCUAAAUGUAGCGAAAAUCUUAAUUCGCUCCAAGCGAUGAGGCAUUCCCCAUAUUACAAGGAGUUUGAAGAUGAGGCGUCCUCAUGGGAAGACAAACUGAACAGAGUUCAUGUCUUAUUCGACAUCUGGAUUGAUGUACAGCGCCAAUGGGUUUAUCUCGAAGGCGUCUUCACCGGGAACGCUGACAUCAAGCACCUUUUACCUAUCGAAUCUUCCCGUUUCCAAAACAUAAAUUCCGAGUUUUUCACCGUUAUGAAAAAGGUCUACAAGUCGCCUUACAUUCUCGACGUUCUGAACAUCUCUGGUGCCCAGAAGUCCCUGGAGCGUCUGGCAGAACUCCUCAAUAAGAUUCAGAAGGCGCUUGGCGAAUACUUGGAGCGUGAGAGGGUUUCAUUCCCUCGGUUUUAUUUUGUCGGUGACGAGGAUCUUCUUGAGAUCAUUGGAAACAGUAACGAUACCUAUCGUAUCCAGAAACAUUUCAAGAAGAUGUUUGCAGGGCUUUCCGGUUUGACACUCAAUGACGACGAUUCCACCAUCUUGGGGUUCACAUCGAAGGAGGGCGAGGAAGUGAGAUUGAAGAAAGAAAUCUCCCUGAUCAAGACACCAAAGAUCAAUGACUGGCUAACCGCUCUCGAAACCAACAUGAAACUUACCCUGGCCGAACUUUUGGCAGAGGCUGUGCGGGAUUUCGGGGAUAUUUUCGCCACGAAAGAUCUAAACAAGGAAAAACUCUCCGAAUAUAUUGCGCAAUACCCGGCACAGAUACUAGUCCUUGCAACCCAAGUAGUUUGGACAACAGUGGUGGAUAAGGCUUUGGCUGGAGGCGGUGCAGGCCUACAGGACUUAUAUGGGCAGGAGGUUAAGGUGCUCGCACUACUUGCGGCAACGGUUUUGGGGGAUCUCGGGCCUAUCGAGAGAAAAAAAUGCGAACAUUUAAUCACUGAAUUUGUUCAUCAACGCGACGUUAUAUUUAGACUUGUUAAUUCCGGAGCAAAUUCAACAGAAGAUUACACAUGGCUGCUCCAAAUGAGAUAUCAUUACCAAGAUGAAGGAGAGUAUCUGAGUAGACUAAAGAUCAGAAUGGCAAAUGCUGAGCUGGAAUACGGAUUCGAGUAUCUUGGUGUGGCUGAGCGUCUUGUGCGCACACCGCUGACUGAUAGGUGCUUCUUGACAUUGACCCAAGCCUUGUGCCAAAGGCUCGGAGGAUCUCCGUACGGCCCAGCAGGAACUGGCAAAACUGAAUCGGUCAAGGCACUCGGUGUUCAACUUGGUCGGUUCACCUUGGUAUUUUGUUGUGAUGACACCUUCGAUUUCCAGGCGAUGGGGAGGAUCUUCUUGGGGAUCUGUCAGGUCGGAGCAUGGGGCUGUUUCGACGAGUUUAACCGUCUGGAGGAGAGAAUAUUGUCCGCUGUGUCGCAACAAAUAGAAUUGGUUGGCAGACAGCUCAAGGUGCAUCAAAAUACAGGCAUCUUUAUCACCAUGAAUCCUGGUUAUGCAGGCCGCUCGAAUUUGCCGGACAAUCUUAAGAAACUCUUCCGAAGUGUUGCCAUGUCGAAGCCUGAUAAAGAGCUUAUUGCCGAAGUUAUGCUUUACUCGCAAGGAUUUAACCAGGCGAAGCAGCUUUCCAAGCAGACAGUACCAUUUUUCGACCGUUGUGCUUCACGACUUUCAAAACAGGCGCAUUAUGAUUUUGGGUUGCGCGCACUGAAGAGUGUGCUCGUUAGCUCUGGAGGAUUAAAGAGAGCGAGGCUGGUAAACGACGGCGUUGAUUUAGACGGGGAAAAGAUAUCGGGCUCCGACUGGGAGGCACAGAUUAUUGUGCAGAGUCUGAGAGAAACUAUAGCCCCGAAAUUGAUUCGGAGCGAUGUAGAGAUUAUGAGGGAAAUUGAAGAAGAGUCGUUCCCGGGAAUCCAGUACGUGCCCGGAAAUCUAGGUAAACUGGAGGAAGUAAUAAGAAAGAUUGCCACCGAACAAAAUCUUGUUUUGACAGAUACCUGGAUGACCAAGGUUUUGCAGCUAUACCAAAUUCAAACUAUUCACCAUGGUGUGAUGAUGGUUGGAAACUCUGGUUCGGGAAAAUCUGGUGCCUGGAAAGUGUUACUUCAGGCUUUGCAGCAAGUUGAGAGCCAAGAAGGCGUUUAUCACAUAAUUGACUCGAAGGUUAUGUCGAAGGAGGCUUUAUACGGAAGUCUCGAUUCGACAACGAGAGAAUGGACCGAUGGACUUUUUACUAGUAUUUUGAGGAAAAUCGUCGACAAUCUACGUGGUGAAGAUUCAAAGAGGCAUUGGAUUGUUUUUGAUGGUGAUGUUGAUCCGGAGUGGGUUGAGAACUUGAACAGUGUUUUAGAUGAUAACAAGCUACUCACCUUGCCAAACGGAGAACGUCUUAACCUCCCCCCGAACGUUCGCAUCAUGUUUGAGGUUGAGACAUUGAAAUAUGCUACCUUAGCCACAGUCAGCCGAUGUGGUAUGGUUUGGUUCAGUGAAGAUACAGAUAAUACUAUCAGCUCUGGGCAGCAUAUCAUGGAAUUUACAGAAAAAUUACUUUUGGCGUUGGUCUGGAGCUUUACGGGAGACUGUCCUUUGAUAGACCGACAAUGCUUUGGGCACUAUGUGUGCGGCUUAGCGACAAUUGAGCUUCCGCCUUUGACCGGAGGAGGCGCUAUUAUUGACUUCGAUGUUUCUCUACCCAAAGCAGAAUGGACACCAUGGCAAGACCAAGUACCUUCGAUUGAAAUCAAUACUCACUCUGUCACCCAGACCGAUCUCGUCAUCCCCACUCUGGACACCGUUCGACACGAAGACGUCUUAUACUCGUGGCUGGCAGAACACAAACCACUACUCUUGUGUGGGCCUCCAGGUUCCGGUAAAACCAUGACAUUGUUUAGCGCUCUAAGAAAGCUUCCAAACAUGGAAGUCGUUGGGUUAAAUUUUUCCAGCGCUACCACACCAGACCUUCUCAUCAAGACAUUUGAGCAAUAUUGCGAGUAUAAGAAGACGCUGAACGGAGUGAUGCUCUCCCCUACCCAAAUCGGGCGCUGGCUAGUGCUAUUCUGUGACGAGAUUAACUUGCCAGCACCAGACAAGUACGGGACACAGCGCGCUAUAUCAUUCCUAAGACAAUUGGUAGAACAAAACGGUUUCUGGAGGACCUCCGACAAAACUUGGGUCACCUUAGACCGCAUCCAGUUCGUAGGAGCGUGUAAUCCCCCCACCGACGCUGGCCGUACACCCAUGGGAGCUCGUUUCCUUCGGCACGCACCACUCAUCAUGGUCGAUUAUCCUGGUGAGCUGUCGUUGACACAAAUUUAUGGAACCUUUAAUAGUGCUGUCUUGAAGAUUAUUCCCACCCUUCGGGGAUACUCGGGGCCCCUUACGAAAGCGAUGGUUCAAUUCUACUUAGAGUCACAACAGAGAUUUACCCCGAAGAUUCAACCGCACUAUGUUUACUCCCCCAGAGAGCUUACGAGAUGGGUUAGGGGUUUGUACGAGGCCUUGAGGCCAUUGGAAACUCUCUCAGUUGAAGGGCUGGUCAGGAUAUGGGCUCAUGAAGCACUGCGGUUGUUCGAAGAUCGUCUCGUCGGAGAAGAUGAGAGACAAUGGACCGCAGGUGCGACCAAGAGAAUUGCCCUUCAGCAUUUCCCUGGCAUUGACGAAAGGAAGGCGCUGGGUGGGCCAAUACUGUUUUCGAAUUGGUUAUCCAAGAACUACGUUCCUGUGGAGAGAGAACAAUUAAGAGAUUUCGCGAAGGCACGUCUAAAGACUUUCUGUGAGGAGGAAGUGGAUGUGCCGUUGAUCCUCUUCAACGAUGUACUUGAACAUGUAUUGCGCAUUGACAGGGUCUUCAGACAACCACAGGGGCAUUUGAUUCUUAUCGGUGUCAGUGGAAGUGGAAAGACUACUUUAUCUCGAUUUGUGGCCUGGAUGAAUGGGCUCAAAGUCUUCCAGAUUAAAGUUCAUGGCAAAUAUUCCGCAGAAGACUUCGACGAGGAUCUUCGGGAUGUUCUCCGGCGGUGCGGCUGCAAAGGGGAGAAAAUAUGUUUUAUCAUGGAUGAGUCUAACGUCCUCGAUUCUGGUUUCCUGGAACGCAUGAAUACCUUGCUAGCAAAUGCGGAGGUUCCCGGCCUUUUCGAGGGAGACGAAUUCGCAACUUUGAUGACUGCCUGUAAGGAAGGUGCUCAGCGACAAGGAUUACUUCUAGAUUCUCAAGAGGAGUUGUACAAAUGGUUCACUCAACAGAUCGUCAAGAAUCUGCAUGUCGUCUUCACCAUGAAUCCCCCAGAGGACGGUCUAUCAUCUAAGGCAGCAACAUCCCCAGCAUUAUUCAAUCGUUGCGUUCUUAACUGGUUUGGAGAUUGGUCGGACCAGGCUUUCUUCCAAGUUGGGAUGGAAUUAACACAAUCUCUUGAUCUCGACAGAGCAACCUACAGGGCGCCCGAUAGUAUUCCGGUGGCCUAUAGAGAACUUUCACUGCCGCCUUCCCAUCGCGAGGCAGUUGUCAAUGCGAUGGUUUAUAUCCAUUACUCGCUUCACCGCUUCAACGCCAAACUCCAGAAGCAACAAAACAGGACAACAUAUCUAACACCCCGACAUUUCCUUGACUUCGUUGCUCAGUAUGUUAAACUUUAUAACGAGAAACGCGAGGAUCUUGAGGAGCAACAGCGACACUUGAAUGUUGGAUUGGAGAAAUUAAAGGAUACGGUCGACAAGGUGCGGGAGCUCCGAACAAGCUUGGCCGAAAAACAAGGACAACUCGAGAGAAAGAGCGCCGAGGCGAACGAAAAACUCCGAAGAAUGGUCGCCGAUCAGCAGGAAACCGAACAAAAACGAGCUGCCUCUCUACAAGUUCAAGCAGAGUUGGAAGUCCAGGAGAAGGUAGUUGCCCAGCGAAGGGAAGUUGUGUUGAGUGAUCUUGCAAAGGCCGAGCCAGCUGUCAUUGAAGCCCAAAGGAGUGUCGGAAAUAUUAAGAAAACCCACUUGAACGAAGUCAGGGUCAUGGGGAAGCCUCCACUUGCUGUUCGACUCGCUAUGGAGUCUGUUUGCACGUUGUUGGGUCAUAAGGUGGAUGCAUGGUCAACAGUACAAUCUAUCGUGGGACGUUCAGAUUUCGUCUCGAGCAUCAUCAACUUUGACAACGAGAAGCAGAUGACCAAGAGUCUUCGACUUAAGAUGCAAAAGGAUUACCUGUCUUCGCCGAGUUAUAACCCAGAAGCGAUGAAUAGGGCAAGCAAAGCAUGUGCGCCAUUAGCUCAAUGGGUAGAAGCACAGGUCAACUACGCCGAGAUUCUUGAUCGGGUAGGGCCUUUGAGGGACGAGGUUGAUCAGUUGGAAGAGCAAGCCAAACAGACAAAAGCACAAGCACAGGCAAUGCAAGAUACGAUCCAAGAGCUUGAGCGGAGCAUUGCUCGAUACAAAGACGAAUAUGCAGCCCUUAUUAGCGAAACUCAGGCUCUCAAAACUGAGAUGUCUCGUGUCCAGUCAAAAGUUGACCGCAGUGUUAAGCUUUUGGAUAGUUUGUCUUCUGAGAAAACUCGUUGGGAGUAUGGCAGCAAGUCCUUUGAAACACAAAUAGGGACGUUGAUUGGAGACGUUAUUGUGUCUGCGGCAUUCCUAGCAUAUGGUGGGCUCUAUGAUCAACAGUAUCGCAAAUCGAUGGCAGACGACUGGCUCAACCAUCUCUCGUUAUCCGGUAUUCAGUAUAAGGAACAUAAUCCUGUUACAGAAUAUUUAUCAACUGCCGACGAGAGACUUGUGUGGCAAGAGAACGGGUUGCCAGUGGAUGACCUUUGCACCGAGAAUGCGAUUGUCCUCAAGAGAUUCAACCGUUAUCCUCUCAUUAUCGACCCUUCUGGCCGAGUCACAGACUUCCUGGCAAACGAGAGCAAAGAGCGGCGUCUUACCAUCACAAGUUUCCUGGACGACUCAUUUACCAAGCAGUUAGAGAGCUCACUCCGUUUCGGAAAUCCUAUUCUUAUCCAGGACGCGGAGCAUUUAGACCCCAUUCUCAAUCACGUCUUGAACAAGGAAUACCAGAAAACCGGAGGUCGGGUAUUGAUUCAGCUCGGAAAACAGGAAAUCGAUUUCUCGCCUGCUUUCAAGUUAUAUUUGUCCACUCGUGAUCCGUCGGCAUCCUUCGCCCCCGAUAUCUGCAGUCGUACUACCUUUGUCAAUUUUACUGUUACCCAGAGUAGCUUACAGACCCAGUCUUUGAACCAGGCACUGAAGUUCGAGAGACCGGAUGUCGACCGACGCAGGACGAACUUGAUGAAGCUCCAAGGCGAGUUCAAACUACAUCUUCGGCAACUCGAGAAGCGUCUUUUGCAAGCGUUAAACGAAUCCCGGGGGAAUAUUUUGGAUGAUGAUCGGGUCAUCGACACCCUUGAGACCCUGAAGACCGAGGCCGCAGAGGUGUCACGCAAGAUGGCAGAAACAGAUGGUGUAAUGACCGAGGUAGAAACAAUCACCCUCCAGUAUCAAGUAAUUGCCCGUGCAUGCAGUGCUGUCUUUGCGGUCCUUGAACAACUCCAUCACCUAAACCACUUCUACCAGUUCUCGCUCCAGUAUUUCCUCGGCAUCUUCCAUUCCGUCCUACACGACAGCAAGCGUUUACAAGCUGAGACGGAUUACAACGCUCGUAUUCAAAUAAUUCUCCAUGACCUUUUCGUUACUACUUAUCAACGUACUGCCUUGGGAUUGCUCCAGAAAGACCGCGUGACCCUGGCAAUGCUUCUGGCCCAGGCGUCUCCAUCCAAGAUGGAUAAAUCCUUGAUUGACCGCAUCUUAGAUGAUGGCCUUCCGGGUGUAGACGCUUCGACCGAGGUGGACAGGAGGGAUGAAGUCAUUCGGCGAGCUUCGACACUUCCAAUCUUCAAGAAUUACAUUGAGGAUAUCACCGCCGAAGGGUGGGGGAAGUUCUUUCAGGAGGAGACUGCUGAGAGCUUUGUUCCUGUCGUUUGGGACGGGAAGCUACCCGAUCUUGACCAAGAGUUAAACAAACUUCUGCUUGUCAAACUUGGCAGAGUGGACCGCUUUGUUCCAUCUGCGGAGAAGUUUGUAGGCGCUGUCUUUGGAAAGGACGUUCUGGAUGCUGCUGGAGACCUCCGCCAGGUUGUGGCUCAGGUAUCUGCAACCACCCCCAUUGCCCUCGCCUCCUCACCUGGUUUCGAUGCAAGUUACAAAGUGGAUGGUCUGGUGGAGCAGCUUAGGGUUAGCUGCACCAAUAUUGCCAUGGGCUCAAACGAAGGUUUGGCAACUGCAGACAAGGCGGUCAGCAAUGCCGCUUCGGCUGGGACUUGGGUCUUGGUCAAGAACGUGCAUCUUACUCCUGCAUGGUUACAAUCGUUAGAGAAGAGGCUUGAUGCAUUACGACCCCAUCCUAACUUCAGGCUGUUCCUCUCUAUGGAGUCUUCGCCUAAAAUCCCCAUCAAUCUGCUACGUGCUUCACGCGUACUCAUGUACGAACAACCUGCCGGGGUUCGUGCCAACAUGAAGGAUUCACUUUCAACGCUGUCGACACGUCCAGCCAAACAACAGCCUACCGAGAAGGCAAGGGUGUAUCUUCUUCUCUCCUUCCUACACGCGGUUGUUCAGGAGAGACUACGCUACGUUCCUAACCUAGGGUGGAAAGAAUGGUGGGAGUUCAAUGAUAGUGAUUAUGAGUGCUCGGCCUAUAUUAUCGAUACUUGGAUUGAUCACGUUUCUGGUGGCCGCACGAAUGUUGCUCCAACCAAGCUUCCUUGGGGCAUGAUUCGUACUCUUAUUACGGAGACUUAUGGCGGUAAAAUCGAUGACGAGGGUGAUUUCCAGCGUUUGGCGGAGCUAGUCAAAUCCGUGUUCACCCCUGACGCUUUCAAUUCUGACUUCAAAUUGGUUGACACCGACCAGCCUCUCUGCGUCCCUGAAGGUAUCGGAAUGCCAGACUUCAUGCAAUGGGUCAACGCGCUUCCAGAGAGAGAACCACCAACAUACCUCGGCUUACCAGCAAAUGCAGAGAAGCUACUGCUUGUGGGACACGGAAAGGGGAUGAUCAAGAAUUUAGGAACUAUAACGGAUAUGCUGGAGGAAGGAGAACGGGUUGUGGCAGAGGUAGCGAAUGCUGCUUAGUUAUUUCUUUUCGUAUUUGCUAUUCCUUUAUUUUAGGCGUUUUAACAUCGAGAGUUUUUAUUUGGGAAAUUUGUUGUAUUAGGCAAUAUAUCUUUUCUCUUAUUUUUUGGUCUAGACGCGCAAUACUCUAGCUAUCAACACUAUAUUCUCAUA